AUAAAUUUCAUAUUUAUUGCUAUAUUACAAUUUUGAGUUUGGAUAUUUCCCCUAUGAAAGAAAAGAACAUAUAACAUCUUUGUUGUCUCUUUUUCCAUGUCACUCGUUCCAAUCUCAUGAUCCCAUUUACACUCAAGAUAUAUUAUUGUGCAAAUGAGCAUCAACAUGAUUUAUAUAGACUUUAAAGUCCAUACUAUUUCAGUUAACCUUUACCAUCUCCUACUCAGAUUCUUCUUCAACUAUAGAAACCAUUCACAUUAGUUUUCGGGUUUGAAGUGGCUUAAAGGUAUCCAAUUUGUGAAAGCCUGGAAUAUGCUCUGUUCCAUUACCUCCACAUGCCAAAAACAGAGCUAACUACAUACUUAUACGACUUUAAAUCCCUUUUCUUCACGUCUCUACCUGCAAUAAUACACAUCAUCAUAUUACACUCAUCUUUCUCAACCUCAAUCAUAUUCACAGAAAACAAACUUGGUCACCGUGUCGAAAACAGGGUUUAAUCGAGUUAGUUAUUUAGAGGUUUUGGUCCCGAACAAAGACGUUGAAGUUCAGUGAGAGAUUGAGAAGGCAGACUCGAGAAAACAUGAGGCUAUAGAAACAAGUCUAAUGGGAACAAAUGAAGAAAAAGGCCUUGUGCCACUCAUUAUUCUCUAUCUCCACAAAAGAAAAGAAGAGACAAACUUGAAAAAGGAAAUGGGUGAUUCUUAUUCUUUUAGAGAAUCUGAUAAUGCAAAAAAACUUACUAAAAAAGAAGAUUCUCUUUGAGAUUAGGACAGAAUAUUUGUCUUUCCAGAGUUUAACGGUUAUAACAUGACGUUGUAAUAUGCCAUCUGAGAGAUGAUAAUACAAAUAACAAGAACCACACCAAAGUUAAGCAAAUAUUUGAAAUUAAAUAUCAAGAAAUAAAAGAGUAAAGAGAAAAAGGAGGGACCUUUUGUAUGAGAUUAUAAAAUGCAAAGCUAAGUUGAUAUACAAAACUAGGCCUCUCUUCCACCCUAUAGCUGAAGGAGAUUCGGUAUGUAAAAUGCCGAAAAAUCGAAUUUGUUCCUUUUAUCUAUUGCUGUGUGUAUAGAUGUUUAUGUAAAUUUUGUCAAAGGAGUUUUCAGUGCAACAAUCAGAGAGAUGGCAAGAAAUGAUUGGAUAAACAGUUACCUGGAAGCUAUUCUUGAUGUUGGAACUAGCAAGAAAAAGAGGUUUGAGAGCAACUCCAAGAUCGUCCAGAAGCUUGGAGAUAUCAACAGUAAGGAUCAUCAGGAGAAGGUGUUUGGAGAUAUGAAUGGGAAGGAUCAUCAAGAGAAGGUGUUUAGUCCCAUCAAAUACUUUGUGGAAGAGGUCGUCAACAGUUUCGAUGAGUCUGACCUGUAUAAAACAUGGAUUAAGGUGAUAGCAACAAGGAAUACUCGUGAACGCAGUAACAGGCUUGAGAAUAUAUGCUGGCGCAUUUGGCAUCUCGCACGCAAGAAAAAGCAGAUUGUGUGGGAUGACGGGGUUAGACUUUCCAAACGAAGAAUUGAACGUGAACAAGGUCGCAAUGAUGCAGAAGAGGAUCUUCUUUCUGAGCUUUCUGAAGGAGAGAAGGAUAAGAAUGAUGGAGAGAAGGAGAAGAGUGAAGUUGUUACAACUCUCGAACCACCUCGAGAUCACAUGCCCCGUAUCCGCUCUGAAAUGCAAAUUUGGUCAGAAGAUGAUAAAUCAAGUCGAAACCUUUACAUUGUCUUAAUCAGCAUGCAUGGACUCGUGCGUGGAGAAAACAUGGAGCUUGGAAGAGACUCUGAUACUGGUGGGCAGGUGAAAUAUGUUGUUGAGCUUGCUCGUGCGUUGGCCAACACUGAAGGUGUCCACAGGGUCGAUCUCUUAACACGGCAGAUCAGUUCACCAGAGGUUGACUACAGCUACGGCGAGCCAGUUGAGAUGUUAUCAUGCCCUCCAGAAGGUAGCGACAGCUGUGGCUCCUACAUUAUCCGCAUCCCCUGUGGUUCUCGGGACAAGUACAUACCAAAGGAGUCACUCUGGCCCCAUAUUCCCGAGUUUGUUGACGGGGCGCUAAAUCACAUAGUGAGCAUAGCAAGGUCGCUAGGAGAGCAAGUGAAUGGAGGGAAACCAAUAUGGCCUUAUGUAAUUCAUGGCCACUAUGCUGAUGCAGGAGAAGUAGCUGCACAUUUGGCAGGAGCGUUAAAUGUGCCAAUGGUUCUAACUGGUCACUCUUUGGGAAGGAAUAAGUUUGAGCAGUUGCUUCAACAAGGGAGAAUUACCAGAGAGGAUAUUGACAGAACAUAUAAGAUCAUGAGGAGAAUAGAAGCUGAAGAACAGAGCCUAGAUGCAGCGGAGAUGGUGGUGACAAGCACACGACAAGAGAUUGACGCGCAGUGGGGGCUGUAUGAUGGUUUUGAUAUCAAGCUGGAGAGGAAGCUCAGGGUUAGAAGACGGCGUGGAGUCAGCUGCCUUGGUAGAUACAUGCCACGAAUGGUGGUUAUACCCCCAGGCAUGGAUUUCAGCUAUGUCUUGACACAAGAUUCACAGGAACCCGAUGGUGAUCUUAAGUCGCUAAUUGGCCCUGACCGAAACCAGAUAAAAAAGCCUGUGCCUCCAAUAUGGUCCGAGAUAAUGAGAUUUUUCUCAAAUCCUCAUAAACCAACCAUACUUGCGCUGUCUCGUCCUGACCACAAGAAAAAUGUCACCACAUUGGUCAAAGCUUUUGGUGAAUGUCAGCCUCUUCGAGAACUAGCCAACCUGGUACUUAUACUAGGUAACCGAGAUGACAUCGAAGAGAUGCCUAAUAGCAGCUCAGUUGUUCUCAUGAAUGUACUAAAGCUGAUAGACCAGUACGACUUGUACGGCCAAGUAGCUUAUCCAAAGCAUCAUAAACAAUCUGAAGUUCCAGAUAUUUACCGCUUAGCAGCCAAAACUAAGGGGGUUUUCAUCAAUCCAGCUCUGGUGGAGCCGUUUGGUCUCACGCUCAUUGAGGCAGCUGCUUAUGGUCUGCCCAUUGUUGCCACCAGAAAUGGAGGGCCUGUUGAUAUUGUGAAGGCACUAAAUAAUGGUCUCCUAGUCGACCCCCAUGACCAACAAGCCAUUUCUGAUGCCCUUCUAAAGCUAGUUGCUAACAAACAUCUCUGGGCUGAGUGUAGAAAAAACGGACUCAAGAACAUCCACCGUUUUUCAUGGCCAGAGCACUGCCGUAACUACCUAUCCCAUGUCGAACAUUGCAGAAACCGUCACCCUACCAGUAGUCUCGACAUCAUGAAAGUUCCAGAAGAGCUCACAAGUGAUUCUCUACGAGAUGUCGAUGACAUAUCUUUGAGAUUCUCCACAGAAGGAGAUUUCACUCUCAACGGAGAACUAGAUGCAGGUACCAGACAGAAGAAACUAGUCGAUGCCAUAAGUCAAAUGAAUUCAAUGAAAGGUUGCUCAGCUGCUAUCUACAGCCCUGGUAGAAGGCAGAUGCUCUUUGUGGUUGCUGUUGAUUCCUAUGAUGACAACGGAAACAUCAAAGCGAAUUUGAACGAAAUCAUCAAGAAUAUGAUAAAAGCUGCAGAUUUGACAUCGGGUAAAGGAAAAAUAGGUUUUGUGCUAGCCUCAGGUUCAAGCUUACAAGAAGUUGUGGAUAUUACGCAGAAAAACCUGAUUAAUCUGGAAGAUUUUGAUGCAAUAGUUUGCAACAGCGGAAGUGAGAUCUACUAUCCAUGGAGAGAUAUGAUGGUUGAUGCAGACUACGAAACUCAUGUGGAAUACAAAUGGCCUGGUGAAAGUAUAAGGUCGGUGAUUCUGAGACUUAUAUGUACGGAACCUGCAGCUGAGGAUGAUAUCACAGAGUAUGCGAGUUCAUGCAGUACAAGAUGCUAUGCAAUUUCUGUGAAACAAGGAGUCAAGACUCGAAGAGUCGAUGACCUUAGGCAGAGGCUUCGGAUGAGAGGUUUAAGGUGCAACAUUGUCUAUACUCAUGCAGCAACAAGGCUAAAUGUUAUACCACUAUGUGCAUCAAGAAUACAAGCACUCAGGUAUCUUUCUAUAAGGUGGGGAAUUGACAUGUCGAAGACUGUUUUCUUUUUGGGAGAGAAAGGAGACACAGACUAUGAGGACUUACUGGGUGGCCUCCACAAAACCAUCAUUCUAAAAGGUGUAGUGGGAUCAGACAGUGAGAAGCUUCUUCGCAGUGAAGAAAACUUCAAAAGAGAAGACGCAGUUCCACAAGAGAGCCCUAACAUUUCCUAUGUCAAAGAGAAUGGCGGAUCUCAGGAAAUUAUGUCCACUUUAGAGGCCUAUGGGAUCAAGUAAUAAUUUUCUAUUUCAGCUUAUUAUCUCAAGAUCAUAUACUUCAAUGGGUUGGUAAACAGUGAAAAAAUAACAAGACUACAUACUUUCAUAUAUUGUAUACCGAAAUAAAAAAGUUGAAUAUUAACUUUGCUUAGUAUAGAUUCAAUAAAACAAGUAUGCACAGCUUCUUUAGACGUUCACACUUAGAAAGAUUGAUACCUGAAGAAUCAUGGUACUCUAUCUAGUGUGGUAUCGCCCAUCCUUCGGUCUACCAUAGACCAACAAUUUGUUCCUCAUCACAUCCAUAUUUGGCAGUGUAAAAACAAUUUC